AAUCUUUGAAUGUUUUGUGUCUGUAAAGAGAUCAUCUCUCACUGUGUUGCAUUAUUGCUUUCUCUUCCAACACUUGAUGACGUCACCAGUUCCUUCCAUGGAAUUCGCCUCUUCAACUUCCAAACUCCCACAAAUGUAUGACGUGUUAAUUAACUUCAAUGGAGAAGACAUCCGCAGGAAAUUUGUUUCUCAUCUUGAUUCUGUCCUCUUAGCUGCUGGACUCACCACUUUCCUUCACCACCAGAUCUCAGUCAACGACAUGGACAUCCAACAACCAAUUCUCGAUCUCUGUCGGAUAGUAAUUGUUGUUUUCACCAAAACCUAUUCUCAAUCUGCUUGGUGCCUUCAUCAGCUUCAUCAAAUCAUCAAAUGGCAUGAAACCUAUUGUCGACAUGUUCUGCCUGUAUAUUACGAGAUUCAGCCAUCUGAUGUGCGUCUUCAGAAGGGAGAUUUUGGAAAAGACCUCAGAGCAACUGCACAACAAACAUUUUCAGCACAACAACUGGAGCAUGGCAUGUCAAGGUGGAGCCACGCACUCAGCAAAACUGCAGAUUUUUUUGGAUGGGAUGUGAGCAAUUACAGGAGUGAUGCUGAACUAGUGGACACAAUUGUUAAAAGCAUUCUUAAUUUACCAGUCUUGUCUGCUACUAAAUUUCCAAUUGGAUUACAAUCCCACGUGGAAGAUGGGAUUCAAAUUAUAAAAAAUAAAGCCACCGGGGUUUGUAGAUUAGGAAUAUGUGGAAUUGGAGGAUCCGGUAAAACCACACUUGCCAAAGCUAUCUAUAAUCAAAUUCAUGGUACAUUCUUGAAAAAAAGUUUUAUUGAAAAUAUUUCAGGAGUUAGUCGAACACAAAAGUAUGCUAAUUUACAACAACGACUACUUUCAGAUCUCCUAAAAACAAAGGUGGAGAUACGUAGUGUUGAGAUGGGAAGAAGUAUGAUUGAGGAAAGACUUUAUGGGAAAAAGGUACUUAUUGUACUUGACGAUGUGAAUGACUAUUGGCCAUUGGAUCUAUUGGAAAGUAGUGCAUGGUUCGGUGAAGGAACCGUAAUAAUCAUUACAACACGAGAUGAAAGCCUAUUGAGGAUACAUCAUCAAGUUGAUUCUAUUUUCCGAAUGAAUCUAAUGAACCCAAACGACUCCCUUGAGCUUCUUAGUUGGCACGCAUUUAGAGAAGCAAAACCAAAAGAGGAAUGUCAUUUCCUCGCAAAAAUGGUAGUUGAUUAUUGUGGAGGACUACCACUAGCUCUUGAAGUCAUUGGAUCUUUGUUAUAUGAAAGGACUAAAGAAGAAUGGAAUAAAGUAUUGUUAAGAUUAGAAAGUGUUCCCCAGUAUGAAGUUCUAGAGAUAUUGAAAAUAAGUUUCGACGGUUUACGUAAUCAAAUUGAAAGAAAUUUAUUCCUUGAUAUAUGUCGUUUCUUUGUUGGUAAAGAUAGAGUCUAUGUUACAAAGAUCCUAAAUGGUUGUGGAGUAGACGCUGAUAGUGGAAUAAGAAUUCUCAUAGAACGUAGCCUCAUAAUAGUUAAAAGGAACAACAAGUUUGGAUUGCAUCCUCUGCUAAAAGAGAUGGGAAGAGAAAUUAUUGGCGAAAUUACUACAGGAAAGGAAUCUGAGAAGGCCAGUCGACUAUGGUUUGAUAAGGAUGAAGAUUAUGCACUGAUAGAGCAUAUUCUAUUUUCAUCACAGGAAAAAAAUGUCAUUCAGAGAUUCCCUCCGAAAUGGUUUCUAACCGUAAGAGAUUUCUUCGAUCGUGAUUAUUUAGAGGUAAGAGACGCAAUAAGCAGGAUGAAACUCGGUGGACAUUGUGAGUGCCGCUCUAAGGAACUGGGAUGGAUUAUCUUGGAAAAGUUUUCUUCAGACUUCCUACCUGUUGGAUUGCUACAUGAUGCAAUAGCCAUUGAUUUAAAACACAGUCUUCCUCGACUCGUCUGGAAAGAACCCCAGGUUUUGGCAUCACUAAAAGUCCUUAAUCUUAGUCACUCCAAGUACUUGACAGAAACCCCUGACUUUUCGAGACUACCAGGUCUUGAACACCUCAUUCUCAAAGAUUGCCCAAGAUUGUGCGAAGUGCACCCAUCUAUUGGAGGUCUCUGCAAUCUUACACUUCUAAAUUUGAAGGACUGUACAAAGAUAAACAAUCUUCCCAGAGAGAUAUAUAUGUUGAAAUCUUUAAAAACACUCAUUCUUUCUGGUUGUUCCGGGAUUCACCUAAUGGAAAAAGAUAUAGUGCAAAUGGAAUCCUUGAUAACUCUUAUUACUGAAAAUAGAGUUGUGAAAGAAGUUCCUUUUUCAAUUGUAAGCUCAAAAAGUAUUGGAUAUUUAUCUCUACGAGGAUUUGAGGGAUUAUCACAUAAUAUUUUUCCUUUUAUCAUUCGGUCUUGGAUGUUGCCAUCAAUGAACCCCCUAUCUUAUAAUCAUUCCUUUUGCAUGGAUAUGGAAGUUAAUAGUUGGGAUGAUAUUACGCCAUUACUUAGAAUCCUUGUCAAUCUUCGAAGUAUUUUGGUGCAAUGUGAGACCGAGUUUCAACUAUCUAAGCAAGUACAAGAUAUUUUGGUGGAAUAUGGUGUAAAUAUUACAGAAUCACACACUUCAAAGCAGCACUUCAGGUUUUCUUUGAUUGGUGUUGGAAGAUGCAAGGAAUUCUUUGAUGGUUUCAGCGAUAGCAUUUCCGAGGUAUUUGCAGGAAGUGAAUCUUGUGAUGUUUCUCUUCCAGGUGACAAUAAUCCUAAUUGUUUGGCCCAUAUGGGUGAGGGAUAUUCUGUUUCUUUCACUGUGCCUCGGGAUCGUGACAUGAAGGGAAUGGCUUUGUGUGUAGUUUAUUUAUCAACCCCUGAAAUUGUGGCAACUGAAUGUCUUAGAAGUGUCUUAAUUGUUAAUUAUACAAAGUGCACAUUGCAUAUACACAACCAUGGCACGGUAAUUUUCUUUAACGAUAAAGAUUGGGAGGGUAUAAUAUCAAAUUUAGGAUCAGGAGACAAGGUUGAGAUUUUCGUGAUUUUUGGUCAUGGAUUGGUAGUGAGGAGAACAAUUGUCUAUCUUGUAUGUGGUGAAUCAAAUGAGUCUUCGUCAAAGAAAAAUUCCCUCAUUAGAUUUAUAAAAAAAUUGUAAGUCAUUUAUCUUCUUUCAGAACAGCACGAUUCCUUGAGUUAUGGAAUUAAUCCUUAUGUCCUUGAGUGGAAUUUAUUUUGUCAUACUUUCGUCGUGUCCUUGAGUGUAAUUUAUUUGUAUAGCUUACAGUUAAGAAAUUCAUGGUUAUUAUCCUGUUUCUCUGCUCCUUAA